ACUCGGUAGUGUUUGAGGCUCAGUCCACUGCGUGAGUGAAAGCAGUAAAUCCCGAUCACUGUGUCGCUUCACAUCGCGUGAAAAACACGUCAAACUUUACCAAGGGAUUUUAUUGUUCGCUGUUUUAUCUUCGGGAUUAAUGAGUGCGGAAGUUUCACACAGUUAUGACCAGUCCAGUGGGAAAGAUUAUCUGCAGAUCGAGAUCAACUGUUGAGUCCUGGUGAUCUGUCACUCAGACAUGCCGAGACACAACAUGGAUCUACAGAGGAGCCAGUGGGAGUCUGUCAAGAAAUCCCCUUGGAUCAUGCGAUUGGCUGUGGAACAAAGCCCCGCCUCUUCAGGGGCGGAGUCAGACACUGAGGGCAGCAGCACAGAGAGUGAACGUUCUCGGACCAGAGAACCCACUGGAGAACCCGCAAGGUUCCAAUCAUCGCCCUCGAUGGUGCAACAACGCAUUGCCGAGCUCGACCAACAGAAGGAGGAGCUCAAGAUCGAGCUGCAGCUGGAAGUUGCCCUGUUGCAGGGCGAACUGCAGACGGAGCAGGAACGUCUGCGCAGACAUACGGAGCAGCUGCGCACGUUGCAGGAGAAGGAUGGACAGAAACGGUGCCAGGGUUCGGCAUGCAGACAGAAGGAGCGACUGGAGGAGGAACGUCUGAGGAUGGAGGAGAUAAAGAGGAGGUGUGAGGAGUUGGAGAAACAGAUUCCCACACAGCCAGAAGACCUGCGAGAGCAGAUGAUGGUUCAGCUACAGCAGGACCGAGAUGCUUUGGAGGACAUGGAGUUUCACAUUCUUGAGUUAGAAAGUGGAGUAGAAGACGAGCGAGACGAAGGUGAGAAGAGUGAAUGUGAGACGGUGAUCGAUCAAGACAUCUCCAGAGUCAAGGACACGCUCAUCACAUCACAGGAACGAGUCACACAGUUGGAAAAUCAGCUGAAGGAAAUGGAGAAGGAGAGAGAUGACGAGCUGAACUCGCUGAGACAGGAGAGACGAGAGCUUCUUCACAGAUCUCAAAGAAUUUUGAAAGAGAAGAAGCCUCUCAAUGAUUGGUCCAACAACACCGGCUCCACCCCCUGCAUGAUGUCACUCUCUCCUUUAAAUAGUCACAGAGCAGCACAGGACUCAGUGAAGGACGUUUCCGGUUUACCCCGUAGACGUAGCUCACACAGAAAAGUCACAGAUAGACCUCUCUCUGCACAAGUGUUGGUGAGGAUGACUCCGGACAGACAAACCUCUGAUGCAGUCUCACCUCGUCUUCAUCACCCUGUUCACAGAUUGCACAGUAAUGGACUGAGAUCAGUUCACAACGACGCCUCGCAGACGCCCUGUAACAGCGCUAACACCUCUCGAGCUCCCAGUCCUCAGGGUCUGCUGGAUCUGGCCGAGAUGGAACGAAAAAUUAAAGAAGCCAAAGCAGAGAAAGAGCGUCUGCUGAGAGAGAGAGAAGAACGACGACGCCUGCAGGCCGAGGAACAAAGACGUAAAGAUUCAUUAAAACGCCAUACAGACGGAUCGACAGCAGAAACAAACCCUGAACCCCACCUUGACCAGACAGCAGCACAGAGGACACAGCUGGAGCAAGGCGUCCCGCUUUCUAUGACGGCAAACUUUGACUUGCGUGCUCACGUGUUGGCACUGGGUCACAAUGUCACCGGGUGCAUGGGAGUUAAUUUGUCUCCACGGAGGUGUGGCGGCUUUCUGACCAAGCGCGGAGGCCGUGUGAAAACGUGGAGGAGACGGUGGUUCAUCUUUGACCUGGACCACCAGCGCCUGGCUUAUUACACCGAACUGGAUGAGAAGAAACUGAAGGGGGUGAUUUAUUUUCAGGCCAUAGAAGAAGUUUAUUACGAUCAUCUGCGUACAGCUACAACAUCUCCACGGCCGAGUCUGACGUUCUGUGUGAAAACAUACGAGCGGCUUUUCUUUCUGGUGGCUCACAGCGCAGAAGCCAUGAGAAUCUGGAUGGACGUUAUUGUGACGGCCACAGAUGAGCACAGCAGAUACUGACUGACCCAAGUGUUUAUAUCAGUAAAGAUGCUAAAGAGAGAUGGUGAAUAUGAGUGUUAGUCAGGGAUACAGUGUUAAAUACAUGUAUGUAAUCUCAGGUGUAGGCGGGCAGUGGAUUUGUUUCUCUGCCGUUACACUAACAGAUCAACAUUAUACGCUGCUGCACUGAUGGACGCCCACGCUGGCUUGGAUUUCUUACACAUUAUUUAUUAUGGUUACAUAUAUGUAUAUUUUUCCAUUAUAUUUUGUGGGAAUUGGGGAAUUAAUAUAAUGUUGUGUUAAUGUUUUGCUAUUAAAUAUUUACAUUCCAAACAAUGUGUGAGGAUUUGUGACUUACAGUAGUGUAAUUUUGUGUUGAACUAUUUGCCAAAAGUAU